ACCUCCCAAAGCUGACAAUCGACCACAGUUCUCAAUUUCUUGCUGUGUCCAAUCACGUCGGAAACGUCCGCAGUUUCGAAUGCAUGCGGGAUCUGCGUCGAUUUUCCCUUCACGAAUUACAUCCCAAAUUUGUAUCGAUUCUCUCUCAAUUCUCAGCUCCCCCGAUCUACCUUGAACUCCAUGCAUCUCCUCAUUCACCGCAGAGAUUGAAUCUAUCAGACCUACAGGUGCCAUCCCUGGCAAGCACACUUGUCGAGAUGCAUGUAUCCCUUGCCAGGGUCACAAGUCUCCAAGACACCAUAUUCCCUUCUCUGAAGGUCCUCAAUCCGUCUCUCGUUAGUUCUUUCACCAUAUUGACGUCAGAGCUAAUGAACGCUUUCCCAAACCUCGACGUCUUGACCAUUCGACGCGACACAUCACCUACGCGUUCUGGGAUAGUUUUAUUGAGGACGCAAAACCAGCGGAGCACGCCCUCCUUACCGCGGACAAUGUUACACUUUACUGCGCUGACGGACCUACUCUCUACCAACUGGCCUUGAACGGUCAUAUACCACUGCUGGAGCUGGAUCGCUGGGCGAUCGAUAUGACCGACCUUUGCAUAGAAGCUGCCCGGGAUUGCUGUCCGAUCGCUAUGAAGUUCUCUUCGCCUUGCACCCGCUCAUGGAACGUCGAGGACCUUGUUCCCCGAAUGGAAAGCGUGUCACAUGUUCACGUACAGGUUCAUCUUUCACAUCUCCAUCAUAUCCGCUGAGUGACCAAAGUACUGGAAGACAGAAUCCUCUCGGCUAUUGAGAAAUUCAACGAUUCGCAUAUAAUCUACCUGGAGUUAGAUCUACAAGGUCACGGUGACCCAAUCGGAUGAAACGCGCAGUUGAGAGCUUGAAUACGGAAAGCAUGGCCCUUCGGGUGACGGAGGAGAUGCCAAACAUGAAAUAUGUUCUAUUCGUUAUCAACCCGAGCACCUCAUAUCUAUGGGGGAUCACAAGAGAGAAGGAUGGCCAACUCGGGAGAUUCUGCUGCGUAGAUUAGAUGAAACCAAGGAUAGGUUUAACUUAUUCAAAGCCCAUGAUUAAGAAUUGGGCAAAACCCGCGGUUUCCGAAUCUUCCCGCGUAACUUGCAUGAAUUCCUGAAUGCCAACUUGACUAUCAUACACUAAGUGUCAACCGUUUGGACCAAAUGAAAAAUAUCAAACCUCGAUACAAUG